AGCGCUGCCUCUCCCUUUUGUAGGGGCACCCCUCCUCUUUUCUCUUUCCACCCUUUCCAGUUGUCCACGCUCCCCCCAUUCUUCCCUUUCUUUUUCACCACCUCUCUCCCUCCCUCCCAAGCCAGCCAGCCAGCGGCGUCCUUCUCCCUCUCCGGACCUUCCCUUCCCUACUUGUAUCAGGCUCUCUUUUCCUAUUUCAUCCGCUCCCUCCAAUUCUACUCCCACACCACACUCACUCGGUGUGCGUGUGAGAGAGAGGAGAGGGGAAGCCAUGAGGUAGCUACAAUCCAGAGUUAAUUGCCUACAAUUCAGCACUACUACUACUACUACUUCUCCCGUCACAAUUCUACACUCCUACAAGCAACUCAGCUUGGAAAUACACUUCUUGCCUGCUCCGGUGGAGGAGAGUAGCCGGCGCGCGCCUCCAGCUGGUCGUGCCGCCCGCGGCAUCCAUGCAGCAGCACCAGGGUGGCGGGCCUCAGUACGGGGCGCCACCGCCGCCGCCGCCCACGGACAUGGCCCUGUUCUCUACGCCGCCGCCUGCUCCGGGCCCCAUGCCGCUCAGCAGCCGCCCCCCGCCGACACCGAGCCAGCAGCAGCAGGCGCCGCCAACGCAGCAAGGCUACGACGAAUUGGGCGGCUCCGGCAGCUUCCCCGACGACGAUAUGGCCGGCGGCGACUCAGGCGGCGUGCUGGGGUCGGGUGGCGGCGGCAACCGCUGGCCGAGGGAGGAGACGCUGGCGCUCAUCAGGAUCCGGUCAGAGAUGGACGCCGCCUUCCGCGACGCCACGCUGAAGAGCCCGCUCUGGGAAGAGGUCUCAAGGAAGCUUGCGGAGUUGGGCUACAAGCGGAACGCCAAGAAGUGCAAGGAGAAGUUCGAGAACGUGCACAAGUACUACAAGCGCACCAAGGAGGGCCGCACCGGCCGCCAGGACGGCAAGAGCUACCGCUUCUUCCAGGAGCUCGACGCGCUGCACGGCCCCACCAUCGCGCACCCGCCGCCACAGCCGCACGCCUUCGCCGCGCCGCCGCCCAUGAGCGCAAUGCCGCCGCCGCCAGGCCCGAUCCAGCCGGCGCCCAUAUCUUCCGCGGCCCCGGCUGCGGAGCACCAUCCCAAGCCGCCGCCGCCCGUCAGCCUGCAGGGCCUGAGCUUCCCGUCCAUGUCCGAGUCAGACUCGGACGACGACGAGGAGCUCGAGGACGACGAGAUGACGGCGGAGACCCGCGGCAGCCCGGACGGCCUCGGCAAGCGCAGGCGCGGCGGGAGUAAUAGAAAGAUGAUGGCUUUCUUCGAGGGGCUGAUGAAGCAGGUCAUCCGGCGCCAGGAGGAGAUGCAGCUGCGGUUCCUCGACACCAUGGAGAAGCGGGAGGCGGAGCGCACGGCCAGGGAGGAGGCGUGGCGCCGGCAGGAGGUCGCACGACUCAACCGCGAGCAGGAGCAGCUCGCGCACGACCGCGCCGCCGCGGCCUCCCGCGACGCCUCCAUCAUCGCCUUCCUCCAGCGGAUCGGCGCCCAGGCCGUGCAGGCCCCGCCCGUCGUCAUCCCGAUGCCGAUGCAGGUGCAGACACCGCCGCCGCCGAAGCAGCCGAGGCAGCAGCUCCCGCCACCGCCACAGGCCGCACAGCUGCCGAAGCCCAUCCCUGCCGCGCCGCUCCAACAGAAGACGCCGCCGCCACAGCCCAAGCCCAUCCCAGCCGCGCCGCUCCAACAGCAGACGCCGCCGCAACAGCCCACACCGCAGCCGCCCGUGCCGCAACCACAGCACAAGGAAACAACGACGCACCAAGAGGCGGGGACGCCGCGCAGCGCGCCGACACCGCCUCCCGGCGGCUCAUCGCUGGAGCUUGUUCCCGUUGCGACAGAGCAGCACCUCGAGGCCGCUGGUCACGGCGGAGGAGGGGACAGCGGCGGGGGCGCGUCGUCGUCGCGCUGGCCCAAGACGGAGGUGCACGCGCUGAUCCAGCUGCGCAUGGACAUGGACAAUCGCUACCAGGAGAACGGGCCCAAGGGUCCGCUCUGGGAGGAGAUCUCCGGCGGGAUGCGAAAACUGGGCUACAACCGGAACUCCAAGCGCUGCAAGGAGAAGUGGGAGAACAUCAACAAGUACUUCAAGAAGGUGAAGGAGAGCAACAAGAGGCGGCCCGAGGACUCCAAGACUUGCCCCUACUUCCACCAGCUCGAGGCUAUCUACCGCAAGAAGCAGCACACCGGCAUCGUACUCCCUGCUGCUGGCAACGCUGCAAGCGCCGCCAACCCCGUCGUGUCUGUCUCCUCCGCCGCUGUCACGGAGCAGCAGCAUAGUAGCCUGAACCGGCACGAGAUAGAGGGGAAGAAGAUCAAUGACAUCGACAAGAGGAACAACGGAGGAAUUGGAGUGACGCCGCAGGUGCCGACCAGCAAUGGCCAGACAACGCCGCCGACGGCCACGUUCGACAUUGAUAUCGGCGACAAGAAGCCAGAAAACACUGUGAGGGAGCUGGCCGAGCAGCCGCGCCGGGAGUUCAUGACGGACGAGACUGACAGCGACGACAUGGGGGACGACUACACUGACGACGGGGAGGACGGCGAGGACGACCGCAAUAUGUACAGGAUACAGUUCCAGAGACCAAACCCGGUCGGCACCAACAAUGCAGCUCCACCGGCAACGACACCGACGACGGUGGUGCCUACAUCGACUCCGGCGAGCUCCUUCCUUGCAAUGGUCCAAUAGGCCGCGCGCGGGCGCAAUCGAAGCAUCACCAUCACCGCCUCGAUCACAGUUCCAUGCAUCACCUGCUUCAGUCAAUCACCAGCAUCACAUCACACCAUCACCAACGACGACUCUUCCAUCUCAUCCUGUAAUUCCCUCUUCGUGCCAUUCCAUUAUUUAUUGAUUCGUUCUGUGUAAUAAGGGCCUCUUCUGUCCCCUUCACCGGCCGAUCGAGGACGCAGAGGGGGGGCUGGGGCGGCCGGUAGAGCAAGCAAGUCCCUGCGUAACUUACUCAUAGGUGGUCAUCGUCGUGUCAAGAUCAAGAAUUGUACAUCGAUGUAACAGUCCCUGAUGCAUUUUUUCCCUCCUUUUUUCUCCUUUCUCUCUUCUGGUGACGGUGGUAUACAGGUUUGUAAACGGGUAUACAAGAAUUACAUACAUUUCAAGCAACUUGAAACAGA